CACAGUUUCAUUAUGAAAAAGAUAACGUUUUCCAUAAGUUAUCUCUCACAGCACAAACCCUUUGCUUUUUGCCAGGUCAUUUGAAAGCAAAUAACUCGCAGUAAUCCAUUGCAAAUACUUUAGUUUAAUCUACAUACUUAAUAAAAAGUUCCUUAGCCUAAGGAAGGAUUGCUAAUUUUUUAGAGGAGAACAAGCUGCGCUACCUAUUGGCCACUGCAAAUGUUGCGGUUCAUGCAAAGGCAAUAUUUUAUAAACACAGUGUGUCAGAGUGAAAAGCAACACCAACAAUUAUACUUGCCUAACGACUAACGCUUUGAUACAGAUGUACUCUGAAAGAAAACACUUCGCAAUUUUUUUCUCGUUGAUUUACCACUUUUUCCAAAAUAUCAUAUUAAUUUUUGUGCAAAAUUAACAAUGCUGUCUCAAACAAUCUGUAUUCUGCAAGUCAUAAAUUGUCAUUUCUCUCAAGGACUUUAAAGUGGGUCAGAUCUACACUUGGGAUGUUGCUAUGAAGUCAUCGAACAGAUCUAAAAAUAGAUAUGCCAACAUCGCUGCAUACGAUCAUUCAAGGGUAAUAUUGAAACCAGUUCCAGGUGACAUGAAUGGUUCCGAUUACAUCAAUGCGUCUUAUAUCGAUGGCUAUCACUACCCGGAGGAGUACAUAGCUACCCAAGGCCCAACUGAAGAUACCAUUGUUGAUUUCUGGCGAAUGAUUUGGCAAGAGCGGUCAAGCACAAUAGUUUGCCUCACCAAUCUCCACGAGCUGGGUCGAGCAAAAUGCAAUCAAUAUUGGCCUACUGUCGGAGAGGAGAGAUAUGGAGGGAUAACUGUGGCCCUUGUAUCAACUGACAAAACUGCUAAUUACAUAAUCAGGACGAUGGAUAUAAGACACGAUCAAAGCGAGGAAGUGCGCCAAGUUUGUCAGUUUCAUUUUCUAUCAUGGCCCGAUUAUGGUACUCCAGUCCACCCGACUUGCCUUUUGUCUCUAAGAAGACGCGUACGACAUUUCUAUGACGGCAAGACACCAAUGAUUUUGCACUGCAGUGCUGGAGUAGGUCGAACUGGGUGUUUUGUUCUUAUCGAUGUCAUGCUUGAAAGAUUUGCAAAGGAAAAGACUAUUGAUGUCUACAAUUACUUACACUAUUUGAGGACAAGAAGAAUCAACAUGGUUCAAACUGAGGAUCAGUAUUUCUUUGUGCACGAGGCUUUGCUUGAGGGACUGCUCUGCGGGAACACAGAAAUGCUUGCUAAAGACCUACCUAUCAUGAUCAAGAAAUUCAAGAGCGCUGGAAAAGAUGAUGGCUUUACGCAUUAUGAAAGAGAAUUUAAGAAACUUCAAGAGACAUGUCCGGACUUGAAAUGGGAAGAAUGCACAACAGCACUGCAACCUGAAAACUUAAAGAAAAGUAGAAGCUUGGAUAUUGUUGCAAGAGACAACGAUCGAGUGAUUUUGAGCCCUGAUCCAAGAAACUCAAGCGCCAGUUUCAUAAAUGCUGUCAGCAUUGAGGGCUACAAGGAUAAAAGUGCUUUCAUCCUCACCGAAGCCCCAAUGGACGCAACUGUUUCGUUGCUAUGGAAAAUGGUCUACGAAAAGGACUGUAAAACAAUUGUUGUUCUGUACGGGUUGAAAGAAAGUACAGAGACAUAUCCUUGCUUCUGGCCUGCAGACGAGGGCGAGCAUGCAACAGAGACUUAUGGGGGAUUUUCUGUAGAAAUGAUCUCAGAACAGAUGGAUGGUGAUAUUUUUUCGAAAAGGCUGCAGCUUACGUCAGAUGAAGAGCCUGGCAAAUCCCGAGAGGUUCAGCUUCUACAAUACGUUGGUUGGCCCUACCACGAUGUUCCCGAUUCAAAGCGAGAUAUUCUGGCUCUUAUUAGCAGGGCCGAAGAAUCCCAGCGUCGGCUUGGCAGCAGCCCGAUUCUCGUUAUUUGCAGUGACGGAGCCAGUCGAUGUGGAACCUUUUGCUCAAUAUACAACUGCAUCGAACGAGUCAAAGUGGAACAAAUCAUCGACGUAUUUCAGGUUGUAAGAAGUAUUCGGAUGGUUCGACCACACGCCGUAGCUUCCGUGGGUCAAAUGGAAUAUAUAUAUGAAAUGGUGUUGGAAUAUCUAAACUCAUUCGACAAUUACGUCACGUACAAUUAACAUUGAUUCAACUCAAUUCAGUGAUACGCAGAGCAUUUAUCAACAAUUUAUAAACAGCUUCAAGCCGGCAUUGGACAUUCCGUAUUUUGCAAUCGACACCCUGAUUUGCAAUGCAUUAUUAACAGCGCCCGGUCAUAAUGAGCUUCAAUGCCGCCAUAUUUGCGAACAUGGUUUUUCAAUGCUUAGGCCAAAGUAGUUUUAGUAAUAACCAAAUAAUAACAUUCAAGUGCAAAGUACAUUUAAAUUAUUAAACGUUUAUUUAUAUGCUUAUAUUACUGUAUUAUUCUGGCAAAUUUUCAUUACCGUUUCAGUUAUGUUUUGUUUGUUCGUAAUUUUGUUAUAAAGUCAGUAACUGCCUUCCUCGUCCUGAACAACUUGACUUCUUUCAACACUCGUUGAGAUUUAGUAGUGAAAAGAUUUCUUCUUCUGUAAAAUAUCAAUAUUUGUAACCACUUCAAAAUUUUGUUUGCCAACGUAAAAGCUACGAUACAACAGGCCCUUAAAAUCAGAAACAGAUUAAAACAGAGAGAUCGAUUUUUGAAGAAAGAAAAUUGUUUUUAGCAAAAGUAUGAUUAUCUUUUUGUGAAAGUAACUGUUAGAAAUUAUAUCAAUAUUGCCUUUUCAAUAGUAAUUUGGUCUUGCUUAUACCCGCAUACACACCCGUAUUUUCGUAAUUACCAAGAGUGCAAAAAGUUAUUUUGAUUACCUCCCACUUAACCGAACACAACAGAACACAAAUCCUGUUAGUUUGCAAAUUAAGGCAGCGACUCUUGUGAGUAAAUGAUCACAUAUAUUUAAUGUUAAGUUUUGUUUGAAAGUGACUAUAAGUUUGUUUUAUCCAAUGCUGUUUUGUAAAAGUUAAAUUAUUGUACUAUACCUUUAUUCAUUAUCUACCGUAAAUUGAGCAACAAUAUUUGGCCCUAAAGCUCAGGGCUUUAAUUUUAGAAAUUUUGUUAGAUUAUCAAUACUCAAUUUUCAA